AAUUCACGGAUCCACUAAAUCCCUCUAAAACCCUACAAAUUAGGCUACGAACCCAUUGAAGAAGAAGAAGAACAAGCUUCUUGUCGCUUUCAAGCUGUGUCUCCAUUUCUGCCUUGUUUUGGGUCGCAAUGGCGAAGCGUCUGAUCCCGUUAUUUAAUCGCAUUCUGGUUGAGAAAAUUGUUCCUCCUUCUAAGACCAACUCCGGGAUCAUUCUUCCGGAGAAAACCACCAAGCUUAACUCUGGAAAAGUUGUUGCUGUUGGCCUGGGAGCUCGGGACAGAGAUGGGAAACUUAUUCCUCUACAUGUGAAGGAAGGAGACACAGUUCUUUUGCCUGAAUAUGGAGGAACUGAAGUGAAGCUCAAUGAUAAAGAAGCGUAGAAUUGCACAUGUCCUGUUCGUUUGCGUUGGAGCCAAGCUCUUAAAGGAACCAAUAAUAGUGAAUGAUUGAUGUUAAUGCUGUGAGGUAUUGAUGGUGCCUGAGGUUAUGAAGUGUAGUUGAGUUUUGAGAUCAGGGUGAGACAUGAGUAAAGGGCAGAGAGAGUGUUAGGGAGUUGAAGAACCAGAUAUAUUUUUAAAAUCCAAAGGAAAAUAAUAAUUUUUACAAGACUAAGCAAAUGGAAAUGUGUCUGGUCAAAGUCCGGUUGCGUGGUAUGUUCAGUAUUUUGAACAGCCUGCUUGAAUCUCUUGCUUUCAAGGAUCUACAAAUAUUGGAAAUAUGGUUGUCUGACUGAUUGUAGUGUUUCUGCCUAAGGUGUAGUAAAAAUUUUAAUUU